UAAAUGGCUUCCAUUGGACAAAAUUGCUCAUUUCAGGAGAGAGUUUGGUUUGCCAAUUGAUUUUAGGAGCAAGUGGGUACACGAGUAUCCACAGCACUUCAAAGUGGUUAAAUCUCCGGAUGAAGUUGAUUAUCUCGAGCUUGUCGAGUGGAAUCCUGCUUGGGCUAUCACAGAGUUGGAGAAAGCCGUAUUGGGGGUAUCAGAAUCUGCCUGUCAUACUCCAGGGUUGCUUUCCCUAUCUUUCCCCUUGAAGUUUCCUGCCAGUUACAAUAAAAUCUAUAGAUAUGGAGGGUCGAUUGAGCACUUUCAGAAAAGAUCUUACUUAUCUCCUUAGGCUGAUGCACGUGGCCUCCAAGCUGUAUCAAAAGAAUUCGAUAAGAGGGCCAUUGCGGUGAUGCAUGAGCUACUCAGCUUCACAAUGGAAAAGAGGUUGGUAACGGAUCACCUCACCCACUUUCGACGAGAAUUCGUGAUGCCUCAGAAGCUGAUGAGACUCUUGUUGAAGCAUCUUGGCGUUUUCUAUGUCUCUGAGAGGGGGAAGAGGUUUAGUGUGUUCUUGACAGGAGCUUAUGAAGGUGCAGAGCUGAUUCAGAAAUGUCCGCUGGUUCUGUGGAAGGAAAAGGUCCUAAGCCUUAUUGGUUAUAGAAGGAGGAAGAAAAAGAUAGAAACUUUUACAGACAUAUCGGAUAUGGAAGAUAAUGAUUUUCUUGAGGGUAACUCUGAGGAUGAAGGCAUCCCUAUGCAGCUUGACCAAGAAGAAGCCAUUAGUGAAUUGGAGGAUAUUGCAGUUGGAGACAGCUCCUUCAUGGAUAUAUAUGAAAUCGACAAUGAAUACAAGCCUUGUGAUUCAUUUUAAGGUCAUAUGUUCUUGUUCGAGCAGUCAAGAUUACUUGCUUUCCAGUCUUCUUCUUCACAAGUUCAAAGUUUGGAGUAUUUUCUGUACAGAUUUAAUUAGACAAACUCGUCCUUACAUCUAUAAACUAAGUUAACCAAUAACGGACUGAUCCAUUUCAUUCCUUGUUAGUCCUAAACAUUGCCACUGGAACUCCUGAAUCAAUGAUUAAGAAAUGUGCAGAUAGUGCUUUUGGCAACUCUCAGCCUGCCUUGGUGCCAGCAAGGACAUCAGAAGCAGUCUAUGUACGGUGACCGGUUCAUUCCCAGUUAUUGGUCCGAGUUACUGAGUUCUGCAAUACUAAUCUGCUAUUCUGAAGUUGAACUUACAAUCCUGCAAGUUAUUUGAAUCUCAAUUGUUGGGUCAAAGAGAUGAUUGGGUAGUAGCAAUCAUGGAGAACAUAGCCUAUCUGCCGCUGCAAUAAUUAACGUUCUUUCUAUUGUUGUUUCAAAUUAGAUUCUGAGCUCACCCUGCAGUAAUGCCUUGUUCAUCGCUGUGCAUGGAUAUUCAGGU